AUGCGUCUGCGCGACUCUAGAUGGUUGACUCCGCGGCGGCGGCGGUUUUGGGGCACGCUCUUGACAGUAAUUGUCUGUAUUGUGCUUAUUGCGACGCUGAGCUGGCACUUUACCGACCGGAAGACUUCGCGUCAACGUUCGGGCGAGGCUUCGGAUACGAGCAGCUCUGGAGGACAAAGGAAUGGCGACCUGAUUUGGCGAAGACUCCCGUGGAACAAUCCCCUGGAUACGCCACGACCGCUGCCAACCCAGGGUACCAAGCCCUUACCUGCGGUGCAAUUCAAGUUCGAUGGCGAGACGGACGACGACAAGAGAACGCGACUCGAACGGCGCGAUGCUGUAAAGAAAGCCUUUGAGCGAUGUUGGACUUCGUACAAAGACCGAGCAUGGCUCCACGACGAGCUCAAGCCUGUAAGUGGUGGAUUCAAGGACACAUUUGGCGGCUGGGCGGCGACUUUGGUAGACGCCCUCGACACGAUGUGGAUCAUGGAUAUGCGCGACGAAUUCGAGGAGGCUGUAGCCGCUGUGGACAAGGACAUUUCAUUUGCCAGCUCGUCGUCUGGCAAUGUCAUCAGCUUGUUCGAAACAAACAUUCGCUACCUAGGCGGGCUGGUCUCCGCCUACGACCUGAGUGGCGACGCGCGACUGAAGCAGAAGGCGACCGACGCCGGUGACAUGAUCCUCAAAGCUUUUGAUACACCUAACCACAUGCCGGUUGGGCAAUGGAAUAUCAAGGAAGCCGCCGAGAAUAGGAACCAGACAGCUCCUUCCACAACCAGCCUGGCCGAGAUUGGCACCUUAGUUCUCGAGCUCACACGAUUGAGUCUAAUUACGGGCGAUGCACGGUACCACGACGUUACUCAACAUAUCAGUGACCUACUGGACGCUUCGCAGAUGAAGACAAAACUUCCCGGCCUUUGGUCCAUCUCGGUAGACCCUAGCCAGGCACUUUUCGACGCGGGCUCUUCCUACUCGAUGGGUGGCGGUGCCGACAGCGCGUAUGAAUAUUUCCCCAAGAUGAUGGCUCUCCUCGACAAUCUUGAUCCGAUGUACGAGCGUUUGUAUAAGCGCAGCAUGGCCGCCACACAAGAGCACCUCAUCUACCGUCCAAUGGUUCCCGGUGACGCCGACAUCCUCAUGACGGGUAAUGCUAGGUCCAAGGACGCCACCAGCGGGCAGUCAACACUAGAGGCUGUGACGGAGCACCUGACGUGCUUCGCUGGCGGCAUGUACGCCCUCGGUGGACGUCUCACGUCCAACGACUCGGACGUCGAUAUUGGUCGCCGCCUGGCUGAUGGGUGCGUGUGGGCAUACAAUGCGACCAGGUCGGGCGUCAUGGGUGAGAGACUGCUCGGUGUACCCUGUGACGACAAGGUGCACUGUGCAUGGAACGAGACGGCGUGGCGUGAAGCAGUGGGCGACGAUGUUGCAGACGACAAACUGCCUCCCAAAGGCAUGGCUAAAAUUAUGUCCAAGGAGUACAUCUUGCGGCCCGAGGCCAUUGAGAGUGUCUUUAUCAUGUAUCGUGUCACGGGAGAUAAGGAAUGGCAGGAAAAGGCGUGGGCCAUGUGGCAGGCCAUUGACGGCCUCACAAAAACAGACCUGGCCAACAGCGCCGUGGACAAUGUGGAUUCCAGUGAUGCCAGAAAGCAGGAUUCGAUGGAGAGUUUCUGGCUAGCCGAGACGCUCAAAUAUUUCUACCUAAUUUAUUCGGAGCCGACACUGAUUGACCUCGACAAAUGGGUGUUGAAUACAGAAGCACAUCCGUUUAAACGCCUUGGGACCAAGUAUUAA